CGCGACGGCAGCUCCGAGACCCCGCCGGCAAAUCGACUGCCGUUCGCCCCCCCCCUCCCUCCUCCUAAUGCCUUCUCUCCCCUCCUUUCCUCUCCCUCCCUUUCGCUGUUCCCACUGUAUCUCAUUCACUGUCUGAGCGGAUCAAGCACACUUCACUCCUCGGGCAGGAUAAGGCAAGAGGAACAUGGGUUUCCUGCGGGACGCUUUCAUCUUUACGGCCCUACAUUUCCUCCUCAGAGCUUGUCGAGUGAAGGCUGUGGUCACAGUCACCAUGACCGAUACCCUGGAGGUGUUCAGGGGCAACACGGUUGAAAUCCCCUGCCAGUAUUCCUUCCACGAGGAGCCCAGCAUGGUGAUGAUACAGUGGUUUGUGGCUGAGGCCAGCGGCAGCAGGAGAGAGCGCAUAUUCUACAGCGAUGGCACCACGAGCAUCGCGGACCAGGGCACGGACCUCGCCGACAGGAUCAGCCUGCGUCCCGGCGAUGGCACUGGGGAGCUGCUGCUCACCGUGAAGGACGUGCACCUUCGGGACGAGCGGGAGUUCAUCUGCCAGGUCAACGGGAUGUCGGCUGGCAAUGGGGAGAGCAAGACACAACUCAGGGUCUUCGACCCCCCCGAACCGCCCGUGAUCGAGGGCGUCUACUCCGGAAUCUCGGUGAAUGAGGAACACCCCUCCAAGAUUGCAUCCUGUGAGGUCAGAGAAGGCUACCCCAAACCCAACAUCUCGUGGUACCGGGACGACACCCUUCUACUUUCCAAGACUAAUGUGGUCAAAGUGGUGACGCUGGUGACAGGCGAGUCCAGCGGUCUGUUCAGCAUACAGAGCGACCUGCACUACAAGGUGUCCAAGGAAGACAAGGACGCCCACUUCCACUGCCGGGUCACCUACCUCAUCCCUGGGGGUGUCAGCACAGCUGAGUCCAGCCCCGUCAACAUCACUGUGCACUACCCCACCACUGAGGUCGAUAUCUGGAAGGAAUCACCGGCGGGGCUCGUAAAAGAGGGGGACAUGGUGGUUCUCCGUUGCCAGGGCGAUGGCAACCCCCCACCUCUUUUCACGUUCUCCCGAAAACAACAUCCGGAGAUCGAUUUGGACUCCCACCUGGACCUUCUGAAGCUGCCAGCAGUGACCCGGGAAGAGAGCGAUGUGUACCAGUGCCGCUCGCUGGAUCUGGACACAUACGAGGAAGUGACUGGGGACCUGCAGCUGAAAGUCCACUACAUGGAUCCUGUCGUAGUGGUCCCUAAAGAAUCAGAGAUCGUUUCCAAGGGAGACAGUCUGAUAGCCACUUGUAAUGCCUCGUCGUCCUUGGAGACCAGCGUCGUAUGGUUCAAGGAUGGCAGGCAGGUUGGCUGGGAGCACGCCCUGCUGUUGAAGGACGUCACGUUCGACAUGGCAGGGGAGUACAUCUGCGAGGUGUCAACUCCAGCUCUGGCUGGGCUUAAAUCCACUGGGGAGGUGCACAUCAUCGUCCAGGGGCCGCCAGAGAUGAAUGGCGCCGACACGAUGAUGGAAAUGGAGGAGAACUUUGAGGCGUUUGUGAACCUGAGCUGUGAGGCACGGGGCGUUCCUCCACCCACGGUCUCCUGGACCGUCUUGGGCACGGAGAACUGGCGCGAGGUGUCCAGCAAGGUGACCACCAAUUGGGUUCAGAGCGUGGUGACCGUCAAGGUGACCUCUGACAUCACCGCCUCCUGCAACACCACCAACCAUUUGGGCGCGGAGGGGAAGUCCUUCAGCAUCACAGCCAUUCCCUUGGUAACGCCCGCUGCUGUCAACAGCACAGAGGGCAACGGCAUCAUCAUUGUGGUCAUUAUUGUCUGCAUACUCCUGUUGGCCAUCCUGGGUAGCGUGUUGUACUUCCUGUACAAGAAGGGCAAGAUCCCCUGUGGUCAUGCGGGCAAGCAGGACAUCACCACGGAGAAGACCAACAAAGCGGAAAUCGUGGUGGAAAUGAAGUCAGAGAAGAAUGAGGCGGCUGUUCUUCUAAAGGGCGUCAAUGGUGAAAAGAAAGUCCCUGCUGACCAGUAAAGGGUGAGAAGUACAUGGAUGUGAGGAAUUAGAGGGAGGAAGAGGAGGAGGAAGACAAGGAACAUGGCGACACGGGGAAGCCAUCAGCUGCCGGAGGGGCUGAGAUGGGAGGGACUUGGGGUGGCCAAAUUCUUUUUUAUAUCGUGGCACGCGGUUGUGGGAUUCAGUUCACACGGGGGGGGGGGGGGGGUUCUUUUUGUUCCGUCAGCUUUCACUCCAAGGCUUUUUAUACGUUUCUGCGAGUCUUUUUUUUUUCCUACAAACUCCAAUUGCCAUCUCAAGUGUAAACUGAUCCACCAUUUAUGGUAAUUUUAUGUACAUAUUAUAUAUAUUUAGUUAUUUAAAUGCAAACUUUCAGGAACUCUCACAACACCGUGUUUAUUUGGAAGCUGUAGCCAGGCUCUCUAAAAUGGGCCAUUAUUUGGAAGGAAAAUGGAUUCCUCUUCAUGUCCAGCCAGGCCAGACUGAUUCAGUGCUGGUUAUUCCUGCAUAUGAUGUCUACUGCUGAGUAUAUUACACUGUAUCAUUUUAUGUGAGUCACAGAUGAAGUCCUAAUGUUGCCCAAAAAAUCUGUAACUUCAUAACAUCCUGCUUAGCGUCCUUGUUUGAUUUUUUAUUUUUUUAUUUUUUUGGGGGGGGGGGCACACAGAAUUGGGAGCAAGAGACUAAUGCAUUAGAGGAAUUCCUUGAUUAUCUGGGCUACAUAGAAUCCAACACCCCUGUGGACUGUUAGAAGGGGAGGAAGCCAGAGGAAUACAGGAAUACUGCCAUCUGAUUUGGGGUGAGAGGUAUUGCAUUUGGGAAUUCAGGAUCUUGUAAUGACUACUUAAUCCAAAAAAAAUGGAGUUAUGUGUUUUUUUCUUCUGUGAACUACUGUCAGGUUUUUGUACUAUCUGUAAAUAGCUGUAGCGUUAAAAAACAAAAGUAUAAAAAAAUAGCUGUGGUUUUCAUCCAAUGAUCUUUCUGCAUCUGUGUUUUAGCUGUGUUUAGAACUCUGAGGCUUGGUGUUUGUCAAAAUGUCACUUUCGGUUUAAAAUUUUCCCUGUGAAAAUGUUAGCCACACUAAAACAUUUUGUGUUCUUUA